CCCGAGGAGGCCGAGCAGUACGUGGCCUACCUGCGCUCCGUGGGCCGCCUGGACGAGGCCGCGCAGGUGCUGGCCCGGCUGGUGAACGACGAGCGCUUCGUGUCCCGCCAGGGCAAGUCCAACUACCAGGGCACCUGGGGGGUGCGGGAUUUCACGCAGGUGUUCGACAGCUACGCGCGCUUCGAGGAGAGCGUCAUCGCCGCGCUGCUGGACACGCAGGCGCAGCUGGGCCACGGCCAGGACGAGGAGGUGGAGCUGGAGCUGCGCCUGGCGCGCUUCGAGCGGCUGAUGGCGCGGCGGCCGCUGCUGCUGAACAGCGUGCUGCUGCGCCAGAACCCGCACAACGUGCACGAGUGGCACAAGAGGGUGGCCCUGCACCAGGGACAGCCCGACAAGAUCAUCCAGACGUUCACCGAGGCCGUGCGCACGGUGGAUCCCCAGCGCGCCACCGGCCGCCCCCACGAGCUCUGGGUGGCCUUCGCGCGCUUCUACGAGGACAACGGGCAGCUGGACGACGCCAGGUCCAUCCUGUCCCGUGCCACCCGGGUGCGGUUCCGCCGUGUCGAGGACCUCGCCGCCGUCUGGUGCGAGUUCGGGGAGCUGGAGCUGCGCCACCAGCGCCACCAGGAGGCGCUCAGCGUGCUGCGGGUGGGGAAACCCAAAACGGGCGUACAAGCACGCAUCGCGCUGUUCCAGUGGUGUCACCAUGCCCAUGUCCCCAUUGUCCCCAGUGUCCCUGCAGGUGUACGAACACGCAUCGCGCUGUUCCGGUGGUGUCCCCGUGUCCCCAAUGUCCCCGUGUCCCCGCAGGCCUACGAGUGCGGCAUCGCGCUGUUCCGGUGGUGUCCCCAUGCCCAUGCCUACGAGCGCGGCAUCGCGCUGUUCCGGUGGUGUCCCCAUGCCCAUGUCCCCGGUGUCCCCAUGCCCAUGUCUGGGGGCACUGAGCUCUUCGGGGUCACCCACACGCGCCCCAUCUACCAGAGAGCCAUCGAGGUGCUGGGUGACGACGCGGCGCGGGAGCUGUGCCUGCGCUUCGCCGACAUGGAGUGCAAGCUGGGGGAGGUGGAUCGGGCCCGCGCCAUCUACACCUACUGCUCGCAGAUCUGCGACCCCCGGAUCACGGGCAGCUUCUGGCAGACCUGGAAGGAGUUUGAGAUCCGCCACGGGAACGAGGACACCAUCCGGGAGAUGCUGCGCAUCAAGCGCAGCGUGCAGGCCACCUACAACACCCAGGUGAACUUCAUGGCCUCGCAGAUGCUCAAGGUGUCGGGCAGCGCCACCGGCACAGGGUCAUGGAGGGGCACAGGUGAGGGUGCAGGUACAGCACUGGCACAGCACCACAGGGGCACCGAGGAGGGCACAGGUGUGGCACCAGGAGGGGCACGGGGAGAGGCGCCGCUGUCGCUGCAGGGGAACCCCGAGGAGAUCGACCUGGACGAGGAGGGGGAGGAGCCCGACGUUGCUCCUCCCAGCCGGAAGUUGCCCUUCCUCCCCCGGAAAUUGCUCUGCCACCCACCGGAAGUCACUCUCCCCGCCCGGAAGUUGGUCUCUUUCCCCCGGAAGUUGCUCUCCCGCCUACCGGAAGUAGGUUACUCCCACUGA